UUAUCGACAGUCGAUAAAGUAAAUCUGUGGAAAAUGUUGGCUCUGGUAUUCCGUGGUAUUUUUCUUAUUGGCGUGCUCUCCUGGUACAGCAGCAGCGUAUGGAAAAUGAUCGACGGUUAUUUCAAAGAAAAAUUUCAAAAGUAUCUUCACGAGGAAUACGAAAGAAAUCCAAAAAUGCGCGCUGACGUGGAUGCAUAUGGCGCAGCCGAUAAAAAGGCUGCACCUGUAUUACCGACUGUCGAAAAUUUAGACGGCCUCCAGAAAAUUAUCGACUUUCUCGAUGAGCCGACUUGUACCGUCGAUCUGGUUAAUUCUAAGGAUACGGAAAGUCGGUCAGGAAAAGAUAAAACGAGUUGCAGCAGUGAAAACGAGGUCGUGAAGUCAUCCAUCGAUAAAAAUGCAUUCUUGGAAAGUACGAAGAAUUCAACAGCAAUGAAGAAUGACGAAUCUCUUAGCGAGGGAAACGCAUUCACUGAUCGAUCCACGGAAAAGUCGCGUACGACUAUUGACACUGCUAAAACUGCCAAGGCUGAAGUCUCUAAAUCCAUCGACGGAGCAGCGAAUAAUAAACAAAAGUCGGGAGAAUCAUAUGAGAAAAAAUUGUCGAGGAUAAAAAUGAAAUUACCGAGAGAACGCAAAAAGAAACUUAAGGUGAAAAUAAUAACGCUGACAGACGCCGAUUUCGAAUCGGCCAAAAGCAAAAGAUCGGCCGACGACGAUUUCUCGGAGUUCGACACAGAUGAUAGCAUAGUCCAGGAAGUUCCCGAGGGAGUACUAGUUUCGGAAUUGCCAUUCAAGCCGAAAGCCGAUAUCGGCGAUCUGGAGAGAGUCUCUCCCGAGGAGUAUUGUCCCCUGACAAUGGGUCUGGAGGAUGAAUUAAGUUGCGGCGAGACUCGAAAAUGGCCCUAAGGACGCUAUCAGUGCCAAUUACAAGGUAAAUGGAAACUGGUGUGAAUUAACGAAGACCAUUCGGGUCUCGGAAAUGAGAGAUGAAAUUUUACACGAGUGACCAAGAGAAAUCAAAAGACGGUGACCUUGAGGAGGCUCGGCACCGUUGUAUUUAAUAUUCCUGAAGAGAGAUGCCAACGGCGUAAAGUAUUCAAGAUUUCACGAUCACUUAGAAAAAACAAAAAAUUUCAUCCACAUGUACUUUCCACAUAAAUUCAAAUUGGAAAUAAUAACGUGAGACAAGUUACGCAAUUUUAAUAAUCGCCUCGAGGAUCACUCCCAAACAAAUCCAAAUAUAUAGGGCUCCAAUUACAUAACUCCAAAAUACGUAUACGACGAUAUACUCGCGCGUAAAUAGAAAAAUAACUUUAACUGUGGCAAUUCCGAUAAAUAUUUGUGAAAAAUAUUUUUUUAAAUACGUCACUACUCAAAAAUUUCAACUACCGAUCGAUACUGUCAAUCGCCAUAAAAAAAAUUCCAAUCGCAUUAUCAAACUUUGCAAAACUCAAAAAAUUCUAAUUCGUUCAAACUAUCUGAAAAUUUCAAAAAUUCCACUCCAAGCAUUACUCCAGCCUGUGCCUAAGAUAUGUCAUUCAGACAAUAUAAUAAUUCAUAUUUAUACCAACACAGUCAUUUGUGCGAUAAAUAAUUGUAUGUACAACGUGGGAUGCAAUGGGAAUACCCCCUAUACGUUGUAUAAAUAUUUAUCAUCACGUGUGAUUACACACGUGCAUCGCUCCAAGAAUGCUCUUAGCAUUCGGCAUUGGAAUUAACGGGUGUGCGUCGGAAAUGCGAGCCAACAAACGAUGCAAAUGCGAAGACCCAGUAAUGCACUUGGAUGCGAUUGUGCGCAUGUAACUCUUGUCGACUUAUCUGCCGUCAUGGAAAAAAAAAAAAAAAAAAAAAAAAAAAAAAAA